GCCAGGCGGAGGCGGUGUCGUCGUCCGGUCCCAUCCAUGCCCCAUGCAAUCAACAAACUACUCACCGAAAUGGCUACACCCCCGGCCCCGGCUAUACCAGUGGAACAUCGUUUGUUAGAACCUGCCUCCCGGCUAGGGCGUAGCCCGAAAAAUCGAGCGCCGUCUCUGAGGCAUAAGGCGAGGUCUCAAAACGUCGUUAUGAAGGAAUCGGAACAAAGUUUACACAAACUUAUGGAAGACUUUGAACUGGGGCGUCUAAAUGCUUUCGGUAAUUCCGAUAUGCUACAGAGGAUAAAUGAGAUUAGAGAAAUGCAGAAGAAACUCACAAUAAGGCAUUUUGAAUUAGAUCAGAGCAAAUUCGGUGGAGAGGAGAACCAAGAUGUGUGUCAUCAUGGCUUAGUUCAGAAUGUAAGUUAUAAUAUUUUUCAAAGGCCAUGUAUAGGGGAUGGGCAUGGUAUAUACCUAGCAUCAUAGAUGAACUGCGGCUAUGAUAGGCAGUUUUGUUCAUCUCUUCUUCUUCAUAUUCAACACCCAUAACUCAAAAACUAAACAACAUACAAUAGUGAAAUUUUGCAACAACGUAGAUAUCUGUCACCAGAAGAGACUGGAUAUACAUAUUUGUUUGUAAACAACAUCUUACUGUAAACAACAACAAAUAGCCCCAGGCAAUACAUUAUAAUGGGAUAACAUGUGUCAGUGUAACUCACAAAUGGUAUAAGACCUGUGUUACACCCCGACCGCAUCAUACAAUCCCUUUAUAGGGAAGAGCUUAAGAGGCCAACCCCAGUAAGAAGCGUGAGGCCCAGAAUUGUGUAGGAGGCCGACCCCAGUAACAAGCGCGAAGCCCAUAAAAAAGUGUAUGAGGCUGACCCCAGUAAGAAGAAAGAAAUGAUUACAAUGCUGAUCCUAGUAAAAACAUAAAGCAGCAAAAGACAGGUACAAUUCCAAUCCUGAAAGUUGCAGAUGUGGUGCAUUACAGCAAAAACACUCCGCAACGUAAGCGGAUUAUUAAAGGCAGUGCUGUUCGCGUCUGCUGUUGAACAAACAGAAGGGUUACUACAAACCUGGCCUUUCAAAACGAGCAGCGAAAUUUGUGCGCCGUGCUAUGGAAACCCAAAAAAUGGUAUGGAGCAACUCUUUGCAUGAGCCCAAGCAGUACGCUAUUGAGUUGUUUUAAUCAAAAACAUGAAAUUGCGAGUUUUAAAAAAGGGCUCACUUGUGAACGACCAGUUUUGUGCUACUGCUAUCAAGUCUGCGCAUUGUUGACCUCAAGUCAAUGUUUGAAUCAGUGUGCACGCUAUGGCG